GCCACUCCUUCAAUACAUGAUGAAAAAAAUAAAAUGAAAUGAGUUAAAUAGAAUGAAAUGAAGCUGCAGGAGAGGAAGAAGAGUACAAAUAGCCUCCCCCAUAUACAGAUCGCCGGUGAUCAACUUGAUCCUAUUCAAUGUCGUCAGAUUGAACUAGUUAGUAAGGAUAGUGGUUUCUUAUGUCGAAGUACUUGGAAAAAAGGAGAAAUGGCGACUGUAAAAAAUUCAUAGGCGGACUUCCGGCGGGCGAGCAGGCAGCCUGGUAUAAAGUGUCACUCAGGGCGAAUUGGCAUACAUACGUGAGAAAGUAAAUCGGUGUGACCCUUUUAAACCUCAAUACUAUGACCGAAAUCAUACAAGAUUUGGCCGCAAGCCUGAACAUGGACAUGGACUCCCUGGCAUUCUCCAAGACCAUGGACGAAAGGGACUCUCUGCGUCGAUUCAGAGACGAAUUCUCUAUUCCAUUGAAGAAAGAUGUCGCUGGUACUAAUCUGCAAGGUGAUGGAGAGGAGUCGUCCAUAUAUAUGUGCGGCAAUUCCUUGGGACUCAUGCCCUUGCGCACUCGCAACCUAGUGAUGCAAGAGUUUGACGUUUGGGGUAAAAAGGGUGUGGAGGCACAUUGGGAUCACCCUUACAACCGACCAUGGGCCACUGUUGAUGAAGUUGUUAAAGGGAUGAUGGCUGAUCUAGUUGGUGCGUUGCCAAUUGAGGUUACUACCAUGAACACCCUCACUGGAAAUAUUCAUGCAUUACUUUCUGCUUUCUAUCGUCCAACUGUCGAGAGAACCAAGAUUAUCAUUGAAAAGAAAGCUUUUCCUUCUGAUCAUUAUGCUGUUGCGGCGCAGAUCAAAUUGCAUGACCUCGACCCAGAAAGCUGUCUUAUCACCAUUGCUCCCCGUGAAGGCGAAGAUACGCUUAGAACUGAAGACAUUCUAAACACUAUUUCAAUGCACGGUUCAACCACGGCCGUUAUCAUGCUGAGUGGUGUACAAUACUACACUGGACAGUAUUUCGAGAUUGAAAAGAUCACUGCUUAUGGCCAUGAACAGGGAUGCGUUGUUGGAUGGGAUUUGGCUCAUGCUGCUGGAAACGUGCCACUUAAGCUUCACGAUUGGAAUGUGGACUUUGCCGCCUGGUGCUCGUACAAGUACCUCAAUUCAAGCCCAGGUGGUAUUGCAGGUCUUUUUGUGCAUGAAAAACACGCAAAUGAUCAACGACCAAGACUACAAGGUUGGUGGGGUAAUAAGAAGGAAGAUCGAUUUGAAAUGAAAGAAGAGUUCAACCCAACGCCAGGAGCGUCCGGAUAUCAAUUGUCCAACCCUAGUGUGAUCACUACCAUCUGUCUGCUUGGAUCGCUCCAAGUGUUCCAUGAAGCAGGAUUUGCCAAUCUUCGCGAGAAGUCUGUCCACCUGACAGCCUACCUUGAAGCGCUCGCCACUCGGGUUCUCGCCCCACACGCUGCAAACUACAGCAUUAUCACCCCCAAGAACCCUGACCACCGUGGUUGCCAAAUUUCAUUCACCUUUGGACACGGAAAGAUGAUGGACGUGUUUGACGGUUUACAAUCUCAUGGCGUCAUUUGCGAUGAACGCAAGCCCACUUGCAUUCGGAUCGCUCCUACACCCUUGUACAAUACCUACAGCGACGUGUACAAUGCUGUACAUAUCUUGAAGAAGGUCAUGGACCAAGUGUACGGUGCCCAAUAGAAGAAUAAAUGCAGUAGACAAACAAGCUAGGGCGGGUGAUUG